CACCAUACAUCACAUUGAAGAAGAAGCGUUGGACGCUAGCUAAUUAUCUAAGCUCAACUGGCUGACAAGCUGGCUAGCUAACGUUAUUUUUCCUCGCAGAAACAAAAACGGAACUAGCUACAUAUCAAGUGAAUUGAAAUUAGAAACAAAACCGGGACAAUGAAGACGCGGAUAGACACCGAAUUUGUACUUGUGUUCACGUUAGUUGCCUUUAGUACUUGUUCAGGAUUCUACCUUCCGGGUUUAGCCCCAGUGAGUUUUUGUGAAGAUGGUAAAGGAGGCGAUGAUUGUCAGACUCUCAUCCAGCUGUUUGUGAAUCGCUUGGACUCAGUGGAAUCAGUUCUGCCCUAUGAAUAUGACGUCUUUGACUUCUGCAAAGAUGACAACGAGAGGAGACCGUCUGAGAACCUGGGCCAGGUGCUAUUUGGUGAGAGAAUUGAAACGUCACCAUACAAGUUCCUUUUCAAAAAAGAUGAGAAAUGCAAGAAAUUGUGCACCAAAACCUAUGAGAAGAGUAAAACCGAGGAUAAGAACAUGCUGGACUUCCUCAAGAGAGGAAUGCAGUUGAACUACCAGCACCAUUGGAUUGUUGACAACAUGCCAGUCACUUGGUGCUAUGAUGUGGAAGACAGUCAGAAAUACUGCAAUCCUGGAUUCCCCAUUGGCUGCCUCGUCACCGCCGAAGGGCGCGCUAAAGAUGCCUGUGUCAUCAAUUCCGAUUUCAACAAGAAGAACACAUUUUACAUCUUCAACCAUGUGGACAUCAAAUUGACCUACCACAAUGGGGAGGGGGAGGGGUGGAGAGGAGCUCGCCUGGUGGCUGCUACACUGGAGCCCAAGAGUAUCAACAAUGCUGAUGCUGACAAACCGACAUGUGAAGGCCCUCCCAUGGAGGUUCCUGGAGAGUUUAACAGUGAUGUGAAAAUCACCUACACCUACUCUGUCAGCUUCGAGGAAAACAAUGACAUCAAGUGGGCCUCUAGAUGGGACUACAUUUUGGUCUCCAUGCCUCACACCAACAUCCAGUGGUUCAGCAUCAUGAACUCCCUGGUCAUCGUGCUCUUCCUGUCUGGCAUGGUGGCUAUGAUAAUGCUGAGGACCCUGCACAAGGACAUCGCCAGGUACAACCAGGUGGACCAGGAGGAUGCCCAGGAGGAGUCUGGGUGGAAGCAGGUGCACGGGGAUGUGUUUAGGCCUCCCAGGAAGGGCAUGCUGCUUUCUGUGUUCCUCGGCCAGGGAACCCAAAUCUUCAUCAUGACCUUCAUCACCCUCUUCCUGGCCUGCCUGGGGUUCCUGUCUCCAGCUAACCGAGGUGCUCUGAUGACCUGUUCUGUGGUGCUGUGGGUUCUGCUGGGCACCCCUGCAGGAUACGUGUCAGCACGCCUCUACAAGACUUUCGGUGGUGAGAAAUGGAAGACCAAUGUCCUGUUGACAGCACUGUUGUGUCCAGGGAUUGUGUUUGCAGACUUCUUCCUGAUGAACUUGAUCCUGUGGGUGGAAGGCUCGUCGGCUGCCAUCGCCUUCGGCACGCUGGUGGCCAUCUUAGCUCUGUGGUUUGGUAUCUCCGUGCCCCUCACCUUCAUCGGUGCUUACUUCGGCUUCAAGAAACCUGCCAUUGAGCAGCCGGUGAGAACCAACCAGAUCCCCAGACAAAUCCCAGAACAGUCGUUCUUCACCAAGCCUGUCCCCGGCAUCGUCAUGGGGGGCAUCCUGCCCUUCGGCUGCAUCUUCAUCCAGCUCUUCUUCAUCCUCAAUAGCAUCUGGUCUCACCAGAUGUACUACAUGUUUGGUUUCCUCUUCCUGGUCUUCAUCAUCCUCCUCAUCACCUGCUCUGAGGCUACCGUCCUGCUAUGCUACUUCCACUUGUGUGCAGAGGACUAUCACUGGUGGUGGCGCUCCUUCCUGACCAGCGGCUUCACGGCCGUCUACCUGUUCGUCUACGCCGUCCACUACUUCUUCUCCAAGCUGCAGAUCGUAGGAGCCGCCAGCACCAUCCUCUACUUCGGCUACACCUCCAUCAUGGUGCUCAUCUUCUUCCUCUUCACAGGCACCAUUGGAUUCUUUGCCUGCUUCUGGUUUGUAAAUAAAAUCUACAGUGUGGUGAAGGUGGACUAAUGGAAUGAGAUCCGGACUCCCUGCUCUCCCAGUGCAGCGCUUUCACAGUGACCGCUUUGAGGAAAGGAAGCCCUUUGAAUGACUUGAAAACAUCACGUGUCUCAGAAGAUCUAGAAAGGUGAAGCCCUCAAAGUUGAUAUGUUGAGGUCGUAAUUAUUUUUGGCUUUUACCGUCUAAGAUUAAUUGACAUUUUGAUUUGAUUUGCACCUUGAUCUACGAGGUGAGUUCCAAAGAUCUAAGUUAGCGUGUGACUGGUUAGGGGAGGGUGUUGAAGGAUGCUCCAAAAUGAUCCCCCCCCCAUUUCUAACGUUAAAAAAAAUAAGUACUUUAUUUUGCUUUUCUAUUCUCAGAAACCUAAACUUAUAUUUUUAUUUUUCACCAACUCUGCUGUAUUCAGAAGAUAUGUGUUGAUACGUAAAGAAUGUCACCUAUAUGGAUCUGUCCUUUACAACAUUUAUUUUUUGUUUAUGUUUUGGUUGUUUUUAUAUUUGUUUGGUGAGGUGGAGACGGGCUGUAGAAUCCUAACCAUUUAAUGACCUGUACUAUCAGUUUACAGUAAUAGAUACUGUAUAAAUAUCUACAACUGA